GAGAAAGGCAGCGGUGAUCAGAACUCCUCAUCCAAUCGUCAGUGGCGCUCAAAGCGAUGGAAUACUCCGGCUGUCCUCGGGAAGGCGAGGGUAUCGAAGUCCACACCAAAGGGUCGAAACAUACGGACCCGGACGUUCAAGGCUGCAGUAUCCAAGCCUAUCUCCGUAGACUCGGCCGUCACGAUACCAAGUGGCACUGGACAGAUGCCGAAACGUCGGGAGAUAAAGCCUCGGCGUGCCAAAGAGAAGGCACUUGGCCAACUUCUUACACAGAGAGUGGCCAAGGCAAAUCGGUUCGCUGAUACUGGGACCAAAUCGCGAUCAAGGGCACAGUGCAGCUGCGACGGGCCGAUUCGAGAUCCGGGACGGCUUCACCACCGGUCGGCCACUAAGCGACCACAUCCUACGCCUAGGACCAUCAAGACGCGAAGUCAACGGAUAUCAAGGGCGCCAGUGAGAUGGGCCCCAGAGUAAAGACGUCAUCUGCGCUCCAACACUACGGCGAUGCCGAUGUUGUAGAUUCGAAUGUUGAGAUCUGCUGAGGCCACUGUAUCUACAUAGUCCUUCUUCCAUAUCUCCUUAUCAGUCAUACAUCUACACAAUUGCUUGCCGUCCUUGCAUGAAGUACUGUUCCGCCGUCUGAUAAACAAAGUGAACCUGACUAAUGCAAGGCCUGCAUGAACUAUGAUGCAAACACAAUUGGCUCCCGAUUUAGGUUACACGUCUUGAGAAAGUUGGGCAGCGCCGCCACGCGAAUCAAAAUCAGCCUUGCUGUCUUAAGCGCCAUCAAAAUCAGAGAUCGAAGAUGCAGGCCAGGCGCGUAGAUGAACUCAAAACACGUAAAAUGGAUGGCUGUCCGGCGCUUGUCAAACUUGACUUCGCAACAAUCAUGCGUCAAAUGCUAGUGCUCCCUGUAAGUGAGUCGUUCACUCCGCGAGACGCAGGCUCGGUCAUGGAUGGGGCGUGGCGAUUCUUGCCGGUGACAGUUGGUAAGGCUGGAGCUGAACAAUCAUUGUUGGAGAUUCAAUGCGACCCAAUGCCAUGGAAUCACAUCGCAUUGCAGGUAUGCCGAGCUAUUCUGCAGCAACCGACUCCCUGCCUUCGGAACGGACGGGAUGCUGCAGUACUUCGACAAACUUUAGAGAAACUGUGUUGAUGAGUCAAGCAGCGGUAAUGAUGUAGUAUAGGCUAGCUCUACAUGUUCUGCAGGCUGGAUCAGGAUUGUAUACUUGAUUGCUCCGCUCAAACAUCGGCACUUGACAAGAGUCAAUAUCUAGUUGACUGUUUACAUGCAUAUGAUUCCCCCGGUUGAUACAAUUGAGCGACAAAAGUUUAAAAAACUACAUUAUAAAACCACCUCCAGAUGCUUGGACCACCACACUUAAACUAACGUACGUUUUUCGCAA